GCUUGUCGAUCACCACCAUGAUUGGAAGUCCCAGCAAACUUUUCUGCUGCUCUGUCCCAGUUUGAAACAGUUGCAGUGCAGUGCAGAUAACGUGGUUGUUAAAGGAGGGGGGCAGCUGAGCGUUGCCCGAACAAGACUGUUGUGAAAGUGUGGAGCUUCUCAGCAGGAAUGCAGUGACAGGUCUAGACCUGAACUUCCGCAUUAAGCAGGAAGAAGUCAACAGUCAAGAGAGCCAGAUGCAAUCCACAUCAACACACCCAAAUCUGCCUGUUUGUGACCGUUUUCUGGUGUCGAGCGUGAUUAGAGAAUAAUAACUUCAGUCAGAACUGAUGUCCAUGACGCUGUUGUCUUGAAACUAAACCGGUGAAACAAGGAUUAAUACUUUUGAAAAGAUGGACGACAUCGACGCCAUGUUCAGCGACCUGCUGGGGGAGAUGGACCUCCUCACACAGAGUCUCGGACAGGAAACAGUACCUCCUGCGUCUCCCCCCAGCACCAACAAGGAAGUCAACUUCUCCAUCGGCUUCACUGAUCUGAAUGAGUCUCUCAAUGAACUGGAAGAUGUCGAUUUGGACGCUCUCAUGGCCGAUUUGGUGGCUGACUUAAACGCCACGGAAGAGAAACUUGCAGCUGAUUUAGGAGGUCUGAAGACGCCCCCGUCAGACCUGCCGACACCACCUCACGGCCUGAGCACCCACCGUGCCCCCUCUCUCGUUUCCCCAACAUCACCAGCGCGCAGGACCAGCAGCGAUGUUAGCACCUCGGCCUCCUCCAACACCUCCCCUUUACCACCUCCGCCCCCUCAGGCUUCAAAACCGACGAUGGAAGAAAUCGAGGCGCAGAUGAAAGCCGACAAAAUCAAGCUCGCUCUCGAGAAGCUCAAGGAAGCCAAAGUGAAAAAGUUGGUGGUGAAGGUGAUGAUGAACAACGGCAGCUCAAAGACUCUGAUGGUGGACGAGCGGCAGAUUGUGAGGGAAGUUCUCGACAACCUGUUUGAGAAAACUCACUGUGACUGUAACGUGGACUGGAGCCUGUGUGAGACCAACCAUGACCUGCAACUUGAACGGACGUUUGAAGACCAUGAGAACCUCGUGGAGCCUCUCUUAGCCUGGACGAGGGACAGCGAGAACAAAGUCCUCUUUCAGGAGCGGGGGGGAAAGUAUGAGGUUUUCAAAAAUCCACAGAACUUUUAUCUAUGGAAGAAGGAUAAGAAAGCUCUCAAAGAAAUUAAAGACAAAGACAAGGAGUUAUUAGUACAGGAGAACUUCUGCGGGAGUUCCAUCAUCGUGCCGGAUCUCGAGGGGGUGAUCCACCUCAAAGAAGACGGCAAGAAGUCCUGGAAGCCGAGGCUCUUCCAGCUGAGGGCCUCAGGAAUUUAUUACGUGCCCAAAGGGAAAACCAAGUCUUCCCGUGACCUCAUCUGCUUUAUCCAGUUUGACAAUGUAAAUGUCUACUUCGGCAAAGACUUUAAGGCCAGAUACAAAGCCCCAACUGACUUCUGCUUUGUUCUGAAGCAUCCUCAGAUCCAAAAAGAGUCUCAGUACAUAAAGUACCUCUGCUGCGAUGACGAGUGGUCCAUGAACCUUUGGGUGACCGGAAUACGGAUUGCAAAGUACGGUGCUUCACUGUAUGACAACUUUAAAACAGCUGAAAAGAAGGCAGCUGUCAGCUCUGUGUGGACGAACCGCAGCACUCCAUCCAGCUCCAAUCCAUCAACGCCCUCACCCACCAUGAAAGCCAAAUCACCAAGCCAGGCCAAUGGGCACGCCCCAAAGCCCCAACCAGAACCUGUUACUAAGGACUUUGGAAAUGUCCCACCUCCACCUCCAGCCCCACCACUGGCGGAUAUCCUUCCUCCACCACCUCCAGACCCAGCCCUUCCUCCUCCACCUCCUCCUCUGGCUGCCAAGAGUUCCCCAAAACCCGCUCUUCCCCAGCGACGCAUGCCAUCCAACUUCCCUCUGCCUCCACCUGAAAUGGACAACCUCCCUCCUCCACCACCACCCCCACCCGGAAACGACGCCUCAGACGCCCCACCAGACUUCCAUCCACCUCCUCCGAGGGCCGGUGGCUUUGGUUCACUGCCACCACCUCCACCUGCCGCUGGUUUUGGUUCAUUGCCACCACCUCCACCUGCCGCUGGUUUUGGUUCAUUGCCACCACCUCCACCUGCCGCUGGCUUUGGUUCACUGCCACCACCUCCACCACCAGUCAGCUCCCUACCACCACCACCACCUAGUUUUGGGGGUUUGCCUCCUCCACCACCAGAUCCAGAGUUUUUACCUCCACCUCCACCUCAGCCAGUGUUCUCAGGGGCAGGGGGACCCCCUCCGCCUCCGCCGCCACCACCUCCUCCACCUGCUGCAGCCCCAAGACCAGCGCUGCGGCCUACUGGCUCAGUGAAGAAGAUGCCUCCUGCUCCGCCAAAGAGGACUACACCAUCGAUGCAAGGAGGAGGAGGAGGAGGUGGUGGAGGUGGAGACUUCAUGUCAGAACUGAUGAUGGCCAUGAACAAGAAGCGUAGUGAUCAUUAACCAGGACAAGAAAUUGGUGGAGCACAAAAAUAGGACCAACUGCACCAGCACAACAACCAACUUAACCCUUGAUCAGCCUUGUCUUAAUUCCUGCAAAACAGCAACUGUUUAUAGCAACAACAAUACUGAACGUCUCCAAAAAUUAAGCCAGUGGAGAUAUCACAGACUUUAUGUCUUCCAAAUAUCAAAGGGAGAUCCAUCCAUUGACAUUAUCUUGCAUGAAUUAAGUGAAUGGCCUUAAGAAUAUAUUAGUCAGACUUUAAAGAAAAUGUUAUAUAUAAGAACUGUUUGGUACAGUGCUUGACAACUGGCUGAAAUAUGCAACAUCUGUUGUAUAGCACAUGAGAUGUAAUUUUCCUUUGUAUGACAUAAAAAUAAUGCUGUCAUCAUACUUAAAAGAGACAUUUUUUGUAGAACUGUACAGUUUCACAUGUUUGCAUUGAGGGCUGUAAAUACUAUUAAAACACUUUACUAUAUACAGACUAGCAAAUUAGUAUUGAAACAACUAAAAAAAACUAAAUAAAACCUUGCAUAAAAAAUGCAUUAAAAUCA